GACAGUGUAGAAUUAUGCAUGGACAGCAGGGGGGAAAGGCUCAAAUUUGAACAGAGCUUCUUGCAAAGCUCAAAGAGUUCUUCUGUAUGGCCUGGAAUUCCUUGCUAGAUCAUUAUUAUAUAUUUUUUAAAAUAAUCCUGCAUAUGGUAAAAUGCCUCACAAUCGUCCCAGGAACCCGAGUCCGAUCCCAGAGGUGACGUGGGACUCGGGGCUGAAGGAAAUGAAUGAGACCUGGAAAGGCGCCAUUGCCUGCCUCGGGGUGGCUGUGUUCUUUGUAAUGACCAUUGGGAUUAUUUACUGGCAAGUGGUGGAUCAGCCAAACAAGAACUGGAUCCUGAGAGGGAGCGCCAGCGGCCUGACCUGGGACCGGAAAGCUCACUCCCUUGUCCUGCAGACUCUGAGCGAAGAGAAAACCUUGCUGGUGAUAAACGUGAGAAGCUUCCCAGAUGUGGAGGUGCCUUUCAUGAAGAACCUGUGCUGGCUGAACAAAACAGAAUUCUGCUACACCUGGGAAGCCAUGGCAGACCUGAAGAUCUCCUUGGAAGCAAGUCUUUCCUCCAACACGGACUGCUACAGCUUCAGUUGGACCCCUCUGCACUGCCAGGUGAAGCUAAAGGACUGCUUUUCCAUGGUAAAUAUGUCCUGGUACGGAGGCGCAAGUGUCAGCACCCAGCACUGGCCUCUGAACAACGUGAACAUCAAGUCCCAACCAUUCAUUAUCAGCAACCUUACCCAAACCCCAAAUGCCUACGGCUCAGUCUUAGAAAGAUAUUUUUUGGGAUCCACUGGGGUGACUGUGAUGAGUGGCUCAGACCUCCCUAUCUCCCUCUCGGUAGUGAGGAACCAGCAUUUUUGCCUGGAGAGUAACCUUGGCAAUGACAUGGCUUCCCUGCAGUACACGGUGUGUGCCAGUCAAAACAUCACUUUUGCCCAUCAGGAAGUGGGAAGCCGGUUCUCAGGACAACCACGGCAGCUGCCAGAUCAUGGCCUGCUUAGGUUGCCUAUCUGGAAGUAUUAUGGGGUGGCAGAUUCUGCUGCCAGAAUGGAGCGAGGAUUAAGAUCUUUCUUCAACAGCCUGCAAAGACAUCAUCUCGGGGAGGGGCUAAUCACUGUCAACGAGCUUUCCACAAUGCUGCUUCGUAAUACGGACCACACAUAUUUACCUGUGCUGAGAAGGAAAAGGCUGCAUCCUGUAAGACUAGCCAUGGACUACUCACUUAUAAAACCUCUAAAACUUGCCAUCACUCUGUCCCCUUAUGCGAGCAUCAACUCCCAACCUUUUCAGAUGUCUCUGCAAGAAGGCAAAGAGGACUUUUGGCUGAGCCACCACUCAGAAUCUGGCGACUACUCGGUGCCACUGCUCAGCCGAUGGAAAGGGCAGUUUUCUGCUUGCCUGAAUGUAACCAGCCAGGCAGCAGUGCUCUGGUACAUGGACCAAGUGAGCUUCUUGAAGCAGCGACUGGGAGCAGAGUAUGUGGUUUUUGAAGGUGGUGAAGGCAACUUGUUUAUGGAGCAAGCCAUCCCGCCUCCCACAGGACUCAGAGGGGAUAAGUACAUCCGCAUCUUAGCCCUGAUGGCUGCUACACUGGGAAAUUCAUCAAUAAUUAGUGCUGGCACAAGAGCGAGCCACCUGCCACUCUUCCUCCAAAUGAACCCGCGACGAUCUGACUGGAGCUACGCUGGUUUAAAAGGGAUCAUUCCGUCUGUGCUUCACUACAGUCUCCUUGGUUACAACUUUUUCAUUCCAGACGCAAUAGGAGGAACUCUUGCAAGCGGCUUUCUGGUUGACGAAGAGCUGUAUAUUAGAUGGCUCCAAAUUGUGACUUUUCUUCCAGUGAUGUCCUUCGGCACUCCACCAUGGGUCUGUUGUGAUGACUGGGUGCUGAAUCUCACCAGGCACUAUAUCGAGACGCAUCACAAUUUUGUGGUUCCGCUCAUUGAAAAGUAUAGCAAGGAGUGGCUCUCCCAGGGGUAUCCUAUUUUUCGCCCCUUAUGGUGGCUCAGUCCCAACGACCCCAUUACAUUUACUAUUGAUGAUGAAUUUCUCAUAGGAGAUGAGGUACUUGUUGCUCCAGUAACAGAACAAGGGCAACACCAGAGAGACAUCUACCUGCCCAGAGAAGGUCAAAAGUGGAUGGACACCAACACUGCUCAGGUGUUCGAUGGCGGGACCUUUAUCAGGAACUACUCUGUUGCUCUUGUGGAUGUGCCUGUUUUCGUUAAGACCUCCUAGAUUCCAGACUGUCCCAGAUUUCAGAAGGUUUACCUGUACUUCAGAAACAGACUGCUGACAAGGAAGCGCUCUCUUCCUUUAAAAAGAACUUUCA